AUGUCCGCCCUUACGCGACACGCGUGGCCAUCUGGCUCCGUUACUUGCGGUAGCAACACCUACAGCGUUUCCGCCGUCAAAAAGGCUGUAUCACACGGAUACUCCCUGGUCGACGACCCAAUUGGGAGCGACAGCUACCCUCAUGCGUUCCACGACUAUGAAGGUCUUGACAUGUGGUGCUCUGGCGAGUCGACUUACAAUGAGUUCCCCAUCCUCAAGAGUGGGCUGUAUGAUGGCGGCUCUCCAGGUGCAGACCGGGUAGUUUUCUCUGAUAAUGGUGUUUAUUGCGCUGUCAUCACGCACACCGGAGCUUCUGGAGAUGACUUCGUCUCAUGCGAUGGAGAUUGA